AUGUCAUUUUUCACGAUUUGCAAAUUGCCAAUUUUUGACUUAUGUAUCGUAUACAAAAUAAAUAAAUAACCAUAGGAACUGAAUUAUUUACCCAAGUUCUAGAUUUACUUUUAACCGAAAUUUUCAUAAAUAAAAUUCGUUCAAAUGAAUAAUGAAUAACAAACUUUUAAACACUCUAGCUAACGCAAUAGACAAUAAGGAUGAAAUUAAAAAAAGGAUAGACAAUGGAAGAAUUACUUUCACUGAACUACAAUCAUGUGUUGAAAACUGCCAGAAUCGUUUUGGGGGAAGAUCUGAAUUGGCUACAGAAGAUGAUAUAAGAAUUUUAAACCUAUGUGAAAAAUGGGAAAAAGUUCUUAGUCAUGGGCUGAAGACAAAUCUUUCAAAUUCAGCUAUACAAAACUUUGUAGCUGCUGGUUUCAAUUUAACUUUUAAUAUUGUUAACAUUGGAAAUUCUUUGUGGAGUUAUUGUUGUCUUCAUCUUACAAAACAUGAGAAAGAAAGGUUCAAAAUACUAUCUAAUAUUAACACUCCAUUGGGGUACUUCAGAGCUUUUCUACGAGCCUCUUUAAAUGAAAGAUCUUUAGAAAGAUAUUUACAAAGUUGGGUUUCACAUGGGCUGCUAAUUGAAUAUUAUGAUGAAGGUGCAUUUGUUCGUACCCCGGAAGCAAGUUUGCUUCCUAGUGUAGCGGCAGGCUUAUCAUCUGUUUUGUUUGCAUUAUCAAUUGACAGAGCAGAACUCAAUGAAUCACAACAAUUAAAUCCAAUAAAUAAAUCUGAACUUGUUAUACCACUACCCACACCUAUUAAGACGUCUGGUAAUUCAAAACGAAAACCAAUACGCCAAGUAAUAUCUUUUGACAAAGAUGAAGAAAAAAAUGACAUUAAGCCAAAAAAAUCCAUUGAACCCAAAGAUAAUUCAAGUGAGUGCUCCUGGAAUAGUGCACCAGCGACUUGCCUCAAUUCUCCGGAUCCUAAAGUUACACCGAAAGUAGUUUCUCUUAGUGAACCAACUAGCUCAGAUUACAAGAGUAGUAUAAGACAUUUUUUUCCUGACAGUGUAAAAUCAAUGGACAACCCUUUGCAAAUACUAUCUAAGUUAUCUGAAAGUGCCAAAGAAAUAUUUUCGAGCUCGCAAAAUAGCAUAGACAAGAAUGUUAUUGUUAAAGACGAUAUGUCUGAUUUGAGUGUCAAUUGUCUUAAAAUAUCAGAGAGUGAUAGCGAAGAGGUGGCGGGAAGUAUUGACGGAAGCACAUCGUGUUUAGAGCUUUGCUUCACUGAAGAUGAAAGUGUCCCAGAUGAGAAAAGUCUUAGUUCAGUCUUAGAAAAUAGGGAGAAAGAGUUCAUGAAUUUACAACUCAAGUACAACCAGUUUGAAAUAUCAAGUAAAGAGAAAAUAAACAAGCUAGAAAAAGUUGUUCUAGAUCUAAGCAAAGAAAAUGAUAGAUUAAAAGAUCAGUUAAGAAGCUAUAUGUCUGCAGUGGAAAUGGGCAAAGCGUUAAAAACGAAUAAUAGUCAUGAUGAAGAAAUUAAUCAAUAUGAGAAAAAAUUAGUUCAGGUAGCGGAAAUGCACGCUGAAUUAAUGGAGUUCAAUCAGCAUUUACAAAGAAAGCUACAAGAUCUAGAGAAUUCUGGUCUCGAAAUACUAGAAUUACCAGAGUCAAAUGUGAAAGUUUACAUUCCCAGUGCAUUCUUAGUCGGAAAGAAAACUCAGUCUUAUCAUGUUUAUCAGGUUUUUCUAAAAAUUGGCCAAGAGGAAUGGAACGUCUAUCACAGAUAUGCAAAGUUUUAUGAACUACACACACAACUCAAAAAAUGCCACCCUGAUAUAGCAAAUUAUAAAUUUCCACCAAAAAAAACUUUACGCAAACGGGACGCGCGCGUGGUGUCGGCGCGGCGCGCGGCGCUGCAGGCGUACUUGCGCCACGCGCUGCUGACGCUCCCCGAGCUGCGCGAGUGCACCAGCCGCGCUCAGCUCAUUACUUUGCUGCCAUUCUUCGGGACUUCAUCUACUGUGAAAGAAAAUGGCUUUAACAACACGCUCACGCGUCAACAAUCCAACGACUCUCCAUGCACUUUUGAUGAACUUUGAUGUUAGUAUUAGCGACUAGAUAUUAUAUAUUUAAAAAAAUGAUUUUACCCAAAAAUAGACAACGAUCACAAUAUUGACUCAUUAUAGUAAAACACCGAUAUUUUAUUUCAUUUAUUAAAACUAAAGCAAUAAUAAUAUAUAAUAACAUAAAAGAGUUACUCUUUUACGUCAUUCUAAAGUUGACCUAGACAUAGAUUUUGUCAGUAGUGUAGAUAUUUAUGAAUAUGUAUGUAUAAAAAAUUUAAACAUGUCACUUCGAUUAUUGUGACAGACAAAAAUGUAUUCUUGAUUUUUCGUUAAGUUAUUUGAAUACUAAACUUUUAGCAAAUUUCAAUUGAAACUAUUUUUUUUUUUCAUAAUAAAUAACCACAACAUUAGUUAUAACUGUGGCACCGUAUAGUGUAUUACAUUAUAUUCAACUUCAAAGUAUACAAAUACUUAUUUAUAAUUGAAAAUCCAACUUAUUAUUGUUAGUAAUUUCCAACGUAUAUUUAUCAUACUUCAUUCAUUAGAAAAAAAUAUACAUACAUAGAAUAUACAAAUACAUUGACAACGUAUUAUAACUUUACAUUACAAUCUGUGAUAUCAUUAGUCAUAAUACGCAUUAAACUACUACUGUUUCAUAUAGCUUUUAGUCCCUAAAACGACAUUGAUGAUUUUAAUUCAAUUGUAUAAAUGUAUAUAUUUGUGACGCGAAAAAUAAAACGCCUCGGCUACUCCAAUCGGUAUACAUUGUAGCGUAUUUUUACUUUAGUUCAAGUUACAUAAAAUGUUUACAGUAUUUAAAAAAAUUCAAUGUUACCCAUUAACAAUAAUCAAUUCAUAGAGAUAAAUUAUUAAGAUCAAAUUAGUUUUACUUAUUGCGUUGAUGAUUCAUGAAUAUGUACCAUGAUAUAUUUUUCAUAUUUAACAUGUAAAAGAGGGGUGGUAAAACCAAGGGUAAUGCAAAAGUAAAUCGCAUUUACAUAACCAACAAUGGAAAAAUAAAAAAGAAUUAGUGGUCAAACUUGUCUAUGAUACCUUAGGCCUAAGAAGAACCAUUGACAUAAACCCCUUUUUCAUUAUACCGUUAAAAGUAACAAUUUAUACAUUUGUCAUACAAAUGUUUCUUAUUUUUUUUAACGUAUAACGACAGUACAAAACUACUGUUCUGUUAAAUAACGUAAAGUAUUUAACAAAUGCGGGCGGAUCCUUUAUCGAGGUCACAAAAUUCUAUUGUAGGUUUUUGUGAUUUAUCAAAAUUUUCAGUUGUGUUAGGCAUGAUAUUCUUUUAGAAAAAUCUUAAAUACUAUGAAAUCAAAGGCGCUGCAGUAAAAUUAAUUUCCUCCUCUUUAAUGAUAGUUCUGGUACAAAUAAGUGUACAACAGGGUUCGAUUUUAAGACCUGUGCUUUUCUUAAUAUGUGUAAACGAUUAACCUUAUUUUGUUAGUAAUAUUUGCGACAUGUAACAGUCUACAGAUGGUACAUCUCUUAUUUUUAACGGUCACAGAAAGAUAAACAACCUUGGCGUUGCUAGCAGGUCAUCAUUACGUGAAAAAUUUAAAGAAAUUACUGUAUGUUGCUUCACGAUAUAUUUUUGAUAAUAUACUCUUUAUACGGAAGAAUAUACAAAAAUAUUCCAUAAAAGAUCAUAUACAUACUAUUAAAUAUAAAUAAAGAGAACCUUUUUGGACAAAUGGUAUACGCAAAUAUAACCAAUUACCGAAAAAUUUAAUUUAUUUUGCUGUUAAACAAAUUAUAAAAAUAUAUUCAUGCAAAAUUAGUUAAUUAUUUUUAUUUCUCAUUAAAGUAAUACUUUUUGGAUAAAAAUGUUAGAGAAGUCACUAAAGACGGUUUUCCCGAAGAGUUUAAAUAUUGACGAUAAAAAUGUAAACUUUUGAAUAAAGUGCAUUUAAUUUGAUUCGCCAUAGGAAUUGCCUGGUGCUACUUCUUUUUCACCACGUCUACGUCGUCAUUGGGUUUGUUAGAUCUGUUUUUACAACCGUUAUAGAUGUAGGUCCAGGGUCUCACGAUGAAGCCGAGCGGCGGUAUAAGUACUCUUCAUCGUAACAAAGCUUUUGGGUUCUCUUCUUAGAUUUAGUACGUGGCUUAAAUAAGGGCUGUUUUUUAGAAAAAAAAGUUUAUUAUUUAUUUUUACUACAAAAUAGCAAGUGUAAUUCAUUCCAAAAUUAAUAAUAAAAUAAUA